UGACUAUCAGAGGAAGAAGAAGAGAGAGAGAGAGAGAGAGAGAGAGAGAGAGGUUAGUACAAAGAAGGUCAGGUCGGUGGGAAUUCGAAGACCGAAUCUCGGGAGCUCUUCUCUGGUUCUCUACUUUACACGCACGAUCAGUAAAUUUCUUCGCUUUCUCUCUUUCUUUCCUGGAAGAAAAAGGAAGUAAAGAAAAAGGUUACAGAGCCAGCUUUCAUUUCAUCCUUUUCCUCCUUUUUCUCCCUUCUUCUAUAUUUUAGGGUUUCUGAUAACUCCUUCACUCCCUUACUCACUUUGAACGGUUGCUUAAGGUGCGAGUAAUCUGUGUAAAUCUCGCAGUAUCAACCCCAGAGACCAGGUUUGAAGAAAGAUUGAAUUUUUCAGUUGAGACUUAUGGAGCCUGAUUCUUGGAGUGGUCGUCCCUCUGCGGCCUCAAAACGUUAUCAAGCCGCCCUCCAAUCGCGUUCUGAUCUUUACAUGGGAUUUGAAGAGAUCGAUGGAGACGACGAUACACGGGCAGAGUUUCCCUGUCCGUUCUGUUCGGAGGACUUUGAUAUUGUUGGAUUGUGCUGUCAUAUCGACGACGAGCAUCCGCUUGAGGCGAGGAAUGGGGUAUGCCCAGUUUGCGCAAUGAGGGUAGGAAUGGACAUGGUUGGACACAUAACUAUGCAUCAUGGACACUUUUUUAAGAUGCAGCGUAAGAGGAGAUUCCGUAAAGGUGGAUCCCAUUCAACCCUUUCAUUAUUAAGAAAGGAGUUGCGAGAAGGGAAUUUACAAUCCCUUCUUGGGGGUUCUUCUUGUGUAGUUUCUUCCUCCAAUACAGCAGCUGAUCCAUUGCUCUCCUCGUUUAUCUACAAUCUGCCAAUUGGUGAUGAAUCAGAGAAUGUACAGCCUCAUUCUUCUGAAGCAAGCUCCGCCAAGAAAAGUUCAGAGGAGACUGUGCUAGAAAGGUUCAAUGAAUUACCCAGUUCUGAUCUCUCAAUGGUAGGAGGUGAAGUAUUGGUUGAGUAUCGACAUCUUCCUGAUCAAUUAGCACUGUUCUUUUUGUGAACUAUUUCAACUAUUCAGUUAAGUUGAAUCAUUAUAAUUUUUUCCUUUCUUCUAUAAAUUGUUAUAAAUUCCUACCCCCCCCACCAAACCCAAGAAAUAAAUGAUAAUAAUAAGAAAAAUAGGGGGUGAGCUGGUGCAAAUGGGGGCUCCACCAGAACUAACUGCCAUGUGGCAAGCAGUUAGGCCACAAGUUUUAAAGAGUACCAGAGUAAGUACUUCUCCCCCGUUCCCUCGACCAAAAAAGAUGCGCCCUCAUGUGCCAAGUUUGAGCCAAUCUAGCUCUGCCACUGUAAUGCAGAAUUGGUUUGGGUUGGUUGGUUGGUUGAUUCGAUUCACUUUUGAACCAGUUUUUUGGUCCUAUCCUUCGCAGUUUAUUUCCAUUUCAUUUAUUUUGCUUUUAUUGUAAGUAAUUGCCUCGACUGGGGUCUUUAUAUGUCCUGCCAUAUUUUAAGUUGUCUAAAUUCAGUUUCAUGGUCAGAUUAGGACACCCCCACAUAGAUUGGAUAAAGUUUCUUUGAGUUUAGGAAUAAACUACUAUUCUUUUUGUUAUUUAGUAUUUGAGACAAUCAAAGAGUCUUCUUUUUAGUCUUCGCAAAAGAUGCGGUUACCUUAUCUGAAUAGGUUCUUGCAUCUCAUAGUUUAAAGCAAAGUUUCUUUCUCCUAAGCUCAAAAAACCGGUGGAGAAUUGUGUCCCUUAUAUUUUUCAAUAAAGGAAAUCAAUUACAACCAAACUCCACGCAUAUACCAUAAGAAUGUUGCCAACCUAAUGAAAUCCCCACCUUUACAAAAUAGAAAAUCUUACUUUCUAAAACCGAGAACUGAAAUUAGAAACUACUUAACUAGUAAUUACAAGUAAAUAGAAGGUAAUCAAAAUAGAAACUAGAAAGUACAUAAUAUCUAAAAGAUCUGAACAACGGCAUCCAUUCUCCUCCAUGCAAGCUGUCAAUAUGCGGUCGCAACUGUUCCCAUGAAUCGUAAUUUUCCUUAACUCUAUUUUGGUUUUUUUCUUUUUUCAUGCUUAGUUAGAUCUACCAUCAUCUAUUCUCUCUCUUUCUGUCUCCUCUGUUACCAUUCACUACUUUUAUCUCCCCCCUUCUUCCCUAGCACAGUCCCUUAUCACACUCUUGUUCCCUAGCAGAUCGAGUUCUUCUCUUCCAAUUAUCUGAAACCCACCACCAGUGGAUCCAUCUGUCAGAUCUGCAUCAUACUGUGAAAAUAAAGCGAACAAAAAUGGGGUUGUAUUGGGCUCUUAGCACAUCAUGCAUUGUCUACUUACAAUCUUUAUGGGUUGCAGCCUCUCAAAAGUUUGCUGUUGUACUGCGAGAUAUUUUUCUAUGGUCUUUAUCAAGGAAAAAAACUAAAAAAGGGAAAACUUACGAUGCAAGGUUGGUCAUCCAAUUGAAACCCGACCCUAAUUUUGACUCUUGACAAUUUUGGAUGGCUAUGACAAACCUGUUUGGUUUGGCAUUACUUUGGUUGGCUUUCACUAAACCCUUCUCUGAAACUUUUUGUUUUCUUUAAUCCUCCCAACAUUGAUGUCCCUCGUUGAAGUGUUAUAUAUAUAUAUAUGAUACUCUGUCGUCAUAUUUAUUUGGUUCUGAUGGUA